GUUCUCCCGAUUGGAAAGCCUGUUGAUGCAGCCCGGCCUUGAGCUCCGCCCUUUGGCCGGGAUUGAGAAGCUGAGGGCGCGCCGACUCGCUCGGAGCCGGUUGAGAUCAAUUCCGCUCCCUCGCCUGGCCGUCGCUCGGGGCUUCCGAGGAGCCAUUGGGGGCCUAGCGUGGGAGCGGCGCCGAGCGACUCGGAGGCAGAGUUUCCCAGCAUCAGGAUCCUGCGGCUUCCGAGAAAUUCUUGAAUCCAGCUGGAGACCCCCGGGUUUCCCCCCACCACCACGGCGGAGUCGGUCAAGCCCACCCUCUGCCGCGUUGUCAUCUAUUUGCAGAAGGGGAUGUCUGGUGACACCUGCUUAACAACCAUCUGCCCUGCUUCGGGAGCGAAGCCGAAGAGCUACAGCUCUAAAGUCGGCACCCUUGGCAAUAAGUACGUGCGGCUCAAUGUCGGGGGCUCCUUGUAUUACACCACCGUGCAGGUGCUGACACGCCACGACACCAUGCUGAAAGCCAUGUUCAGCGGAAGAAUGGAGGUGCUCUCUGACAAGGAAGGCUGGAUCCUGAUCGACCGUUGUGGGAAGCAUUUUGGGACGAUCUUAAAUUAUCUCCGGGACAAUACGGUCACUCUACCCAAGAACCGGCAAGAGAUCAAGGAGCUGAUGGCCGAAGCCAAAUAUUACCUCAUCCAGGGCUUGGUGGACUUCUGUCAAGCUGCCUUGCAGGACAAGAAAGAGGCCUACCAUCCUAUCUGCAAUAUCCCCGUCAUCACGUCUCCCAAAGAAGAAGAGAGACUCAUUGAAUCAGCCAUGAAGCCAGCGGUGAAACUCCUUUAUAACCGAAGUAACAACAAAUACUCAUACACAAGCAACUCCGACGACAAUCUCCUGAAGAACAUCGAGCUCUUUGACAAGCUCUCGCUGCGCUUCAACGGGAGGGUCCUCUUCAUCAAGGACGUCAUCGGGGAUGAGAUCUGCUGCUGGGGUUUCUUCGGGCAGGGGCGGAAGCUGGCCGAGGUCUGCUGCACCUCCAUCGUUUACGCCACAGAAAAGAAGCAGACGAAGGUCGAAUUCCCCGAGGCCCGCAUCUACGAGGAAACACUUAACAUCCUGUUAUACGAGACGCCCCGGGUGCCCGAUAAUUCCCUGCUGGAGGCCACGAGCCAGAAUCGGAGCCAGGCCUCCCGGGCAGAAGAGGAGGACGGCAACUUUGAGCUGCGUGACCGAGUCCGCCGCAUUCACGUCAAGCGAUACAGCACUUACGAUGACCGGCAGAUAGGCCACUAAGGCCCCUGAAGGGCUGUCCAGAGCCCCUCCUUCCACACGGGGGGCAGUCAUGCGGCUUUGGCAAUGGGGUCCCCUCAUGUGCCCAAGUCUUCAGGGGGGAGGCGGCCUAGAUUUCAGCCAAGCCUCUAUAUACUUUGCGAAGAUAUGCUCUCCAGUUACAGCUGGGCAAAACCUUGUGGGUUUGAAGCCAACCCUUGGACAUUUUGUGUUUGAUGGGGUCCUUUUCUGCCUCGAGACUCUUCUCGAAGAACUUUAUGCUUAAAAACAAAAAUCCAGAUGCUGAGACCAAAGAAUCAGUCUUAAACACUGCGUUGCAACGAUGAAACACGACCAGGUUGGCCACGACUGUUUUUCCUCCUCUAGCAGAAUCUGAUUUUUUUUUUUUUAAAAUUGCCGUAACCAAGAACUGAGAGAACGUCUGAUGCUCCCUCGGCUAGAAUCCUUGGGGCUCGACGACACUGGGGAAUAACUGGAAAUCAACUUCAUCCUGGAUCCUGGGAAAACUGUCCUAUUUCCUGAUUCUUGCUUAUUCUUACUUAUCUGUGGAGAAAUUUGAGAGGAGGGGCAUACUGGUGGGUGUCCUGUAUUGCAAACAGCUUUGGAUCUUGCAGAUCGUUGGCUGUUGUUGGAAAUCUUUAGGGCGGGGGGGCGGGAUUGCUGAAAGUUGAGCAAAGCAAAUGCAGCAGGAUCAGAUUCUCUGAAGUCAGUGGACAGAGAUGCUUGCUCAUUCGGUGGUAGAUAACAUGGCCUGGAUAAUCUGGGA